AUGGCAACCUAUUCAAAGACGAAUUUCCUCCAGUUGCUGGGCCUAUUCAGUUCUGGCGUCCUCGGACAGGCCUUGAAUAAGCCUGUUUUGUUCACUGAUGGAUUAUCCCCUCAUGUUGACAGUGUGUUUUUCCAACACUUGACACCAACUCAGAGUACAUGGGACCAAUGGGGCUGGGGAUGGAUUCCACAGGCUUGCUUGUCCGUUGUCCAAGGGACUCAAUUCAGCCCCUAUGACAUUGAAGUCUAUAAUGUUCACUACACCGAUUGCGCUAGUGCAGUCGUGAUGUGCCGACACAAUCAGGCUCAGAUGUCGAUCAUUAACAUGAUUGAUGCUUUCGGUCGCGUACCAAUUCAUGAUCGCCAGUGGACGCAGCACAUUCUUGCCCUCCCAGCGAGUUCCUGCAGUGCUGGUACGGGUGGUGCGGUGACUACGUUCUACGGUCCCUGUUAUAUUCCCUCCGUCUUUGUCCAUGAGUUGACCCACACGUUGGAUGCGUAUGUCAACGAUCAAACUGGGUCAACCGGUUCUGUUCAUGUGUACAGCACAACAUCUUCGUACCUAAACUCCGUCAACCAGGAUUCCUGCGUCCCCGACGGUUACGCAAACACCUCUCCCCAAGAAGACUACGCCCAAACAUCUGUGCUUGCUCUCUACGAAAAGGUCAACCCCGGAGGCCUCGAUCCUAUCGGAAACUGGCGUUGCUUGGUCAACGCCAAGAAUAACCUCGACAGCAUCAUUGGUCAAGAAUUGACUCCCGGUGGCAGCUGCACUCACCGUUGGGCUGAUUCAGCCAUUGUUUGCAUGGGCCCUGCAGCAGGCUGCGCCUCAUCCAAGAGAGGCUUUUCUACCAGAAGGGGCGCGCGGGUCGCAGGCCCGAAGCCAGAACCCGCUAACAAGAAGGGCGACCCAUUGGUUAGUAACCUCACGCCUGACCUGGCCAGUGCUGUUAAUGCGAAGAUUGAUGACUUUUCGCAUUUGGUGAGCAACCACACUGCUGGCAUCGAGGCGACGAUCAGGAUCAAUGCCUGGAACAAGGCAGCAGGCAAGAAGACGGUGCCUGUUCCAAACGCUUAA